CUCAGUGCUGGUGCUGUUUGGCGCCCUGAAACGAUCGUGUUUUUAUAUGAGCGCACCAAGGCGACGAAAAGUGUCCAUUCGGAAAUCCGGUUCGUCGAUUUAAUCCGGAAGGCGGGUGGGCACAAAAACUUAGCUGCAUUACCGAUGCAAUAAUAAUACUGCUUUGCACUUAGUAUUAUUCGAUUUUUUUCCACUUACGUUCCGCUUUUUUUGUCUUGCCCGCUACCAGGUGGAGGAAAAAAGGUUAAGCUAAAAACUUCCUCGCGAUAAAAAUAGUAGAAGAAAGCCAAGUGUUCGGUCGGAAUGAAACUUUAACAUUAUAGUUUCUGUGCUGCUGAGCUUUUGUGAGUGCAGUGAAGGGAGAAAAAGUGUUUCGAGAAAACGAAAACAUAUAUCCGGGAAGCAGAAAAAAAAAAUCCAAAAAGCGAAGUUUUCGACAUCAAUUGGUCUGCGAAGUGUGCAUUUGACCGGGGCGAGAGAGCGUGAACAAGACGCAUUAUCAAAGUGAGAUUUGAAUAAGAAAAAAGUAUACACAAAAUGCACUUUAAUCAAAACACGCUUUGGCACUAAGCGAAGAGCUGAAAGUGCAAAUGAGAUAGCGAUUCUCGUUUGGUCCGAGAGCAUCUCAUCGUCGCUACCUUCAAGAGUGUGAUAAGAAAAUCCGAAAGUGGAUAAAUCCAAUUCCAUGCCAGCAGCAUCGUCCAUAAAUCUCAGCCAGCAAAAAUGGAUUGUUCGCCGUCUACUUCAUCGAACCUUCAGCACACCACAUCGGAGGACAGCGAAAUGGAAUGUCUGGAGGAAAAUGUUGUCAUUGAUGAACUUACCGUAUUGGAGCCAACCUCGGUAGUGUUAAGAUUCUGCAAACGCAAGUUCCUCCGACCGUACGUCUGCAUCCUGGGUCUCGCUGGAUUGCGGCCAAGCACUACCGAAGUGGGCUGCUGCUCGCUGCUAGGACAUUUGCAAUCGAUCAUGGUGCUAGCACUGCUCGUCAUUGGCUAUGUGUUGCAGUAUUUGGCAGGGUUUCGUCGCGAUCAUGGGUUUCAGGAGCUGGAUCAUCUCCACGCCAUCAGUCACCUAUCCACGGCUUCUUCUACAACCAGAACAACGAUCACGGAUGUAGACUUUCCCUACGCUACAAAUGCCUCUACGGACGACGCUGAUGCUGGUGAUUCCAUGAAGACAAUGAUGCUUAACACCGGCAAAGUAAUGUUCAUUUACGUCAUACCAGCACUGUUACAUUUUGUUGGUUAUGUAUCGGCGGUAUAUAUUUAUCGCUUUGCCGACCACGAGAAACUGCAGUGCUUGGUUGAACGGGUGUUCAUCCUGUGCAGCAUUCCCCGCCGAUUGGUGGCUACUUUGUGGAUCUACUUCCUGCUCGGAACGCUCUGGCUGGUUGGAUCGACCUUAUACAUUGGCCUGCAGGCACUGGACCAUUCGUAUGUCACCAGCCUGAAAUGGAUGGGAGAACUCAAUCCAACCACUCAAUGCUACGUCAGAGGUCUUCUCUUUGUGGUGCUCUUUUUCCACGAUCUGACCCAGAUGGCCACUAUCGUCAGCUACAGUCUGCUGUGCUACUUGCUCCGGUGCUACUUGCAGGGGCUGAAGGAGAAGCUGCUGCUGCAUACCAUCGAACCCCUCAACUGGAUGCGGGAGAUUUGUGAAUUUCGCAAGCUGUUACAUCAUUUGAAUGCGAGAAUUUCACUGCCCGUUGCCUGCCUGACGCUUCUGAACCUGAGCUACACGUUCUCCAGCGUCGUUCAUCUGUUCCGAGACGUGAACGCUUGUCCAAUUAGGGUGUUCAAUUUCACCAUCGCCAACGUUCUGCUCUGGCUGGUCAUCUCGCUAGCACCGUUCAUUCAAGCUGCAUCGCUGACGGUGACCUGUCGACAGACGCAAAGCUGUGGCCAUCUAAUCAGUAUUCGACCGUUCGUCCACCGGAACACCAAGUCGGAAGAUCUGAACACGGUACUGCUGUAUGCCUCAUCCCUGCAAAUGUCGGCGAAGCUGUUCCGCAUGCCAAUCAGCGCCCAUUAUUUGUGCUUUUUCACGCUUGUCUGUCUGAUCGGCAUCCUCACGUUUGGGAUGUGUCUCACCCUUUCGAUUGGCGGUGAUUGAUACUCGGAACCAGCUGCCAAAUGUAUCAGUGGAAGGAACCCCUUGCACGGUUAGAAUAUCAAUCUGUAUAAUUCCUACGCAUAUUGUGUAUUGUAUUGUAAUGUUUCAUUUACAUUGUAAGGUUAACUUUAGUCGAAUACCGCUAGUGUAUUCGUAGCAUUUACCUGCGGAAGGCUUUAUGUAUUAUCCGUCAAAGCAAUCGGACGGAAAACGCAAAAAGCAAUACACUGAACUGAAUCUGGCGCAAUGAAGCCCCACAUAAAAAUCCCGACAAACCAACAGCGAGUUCGUAGAAUAAUGUACUGCUUCUUUAUUCAAUAUCGGAUUAAUCGUUGUUCAUUCGUUUUUGAAUUACUCUGUUUCGCGGGUCACAAACGACGAACAGAGAAGCCGAAAGCGGAUUACAGCAUUCUGAAAAUUAAUUAAAUGCUUUCGGAAUAUAAGUUAUAAAUAUAAUAUGUGUGUAACAUUUUCAUUUUAUUGGCUUAUUGACUCUUUUCUUUUGCAUUAUCACAAGACUGUCCUGCUGUCGGAUAUUUUAAAGAAGCAAAAUGCCGAUUAGAAAAGUAUCUCUUCUAAACUUUUUAAUCCACAGCAGCACUCAACAGUGAACAGUUUUUCAAGCGUUUCAACAAUUGUCGCGAUGCGUGUUCCAGUAAAACUGAAGCACCAGCUUUGCGGUGCCGUAUGUUGUGUGUAUAGAGUUUGAUCAUGCUACUAGUGUUUGUCGUUGGUUUUUAAUCCGCAACGAUGCUUCGUUGUCCGAAUGGUGGAUUGGCCGGUCCAAUAACUCAUGCAUCGACGAUCAGCCACUUUUCGUUGAUUUGUUCGAUCUGCUUCGCCUGGAUAGGAUUCCGAACACGUAUCUUCACUUCCAGUUUGCCACCAACUGGUUUACGACCGUCCAUCAGCUACGCGAUGUGUUUUUGGUUUCGGCGGUUUGUUGCAGUACACGGGGUUGCGAGGGUUGAGAGAUGAAAAAGUAGAAAACAAUAUCAUUACAAAUGGCAUUUUUCGCCCCAUUCACUCGGUUUCAAUGCGACGAGAAAUGCUGGAGAGAUUGAUUGAUUAAUGGGUUGUUCUGGUGGGAGAUUUCAAUUUCAAUGCAAUUAACACUGUUUGCUAAGCAAAAGAAAACUGUCACAAACUAGGAUUCAAUAUUACAGUUGUGCUGGGAUACUUUAGACAUUUUAGUUUUUUGACGUGGGACUACGUCUAACCGGAGUAUAUGGGGGGUAAUAUGAAAACCUAAACACAGAACAUGCAGGAAAAAAUGAAAGAUUCCGAAUGCUUAUAACUCGAACAUUUCUUACUGGAUCGGGAAGAUGUUUGCAUCAAUUGAUAGGGAAUAUUUCUACGCUUCUAUUGCAAUUAAUAAAAUGUUGUUUUUCAUUAGAUAAACAAUUGAAUAACUGUUAAAUGUUAAGCGUUAUCUAAACGCCCUAACUGCCUCGUUUUGAUUGGCCCGAUUUACGGAUUCCCCAACACAGCCAUCAAAACCAAGCAGCCUUGGGGAAAUCUGCAUUCCAAAUACAUGAAAGUAUGGGGACUUUUGUUCUCACCAAUAUGUGUUCCCUAACACAGACUUCAAAACCAAGCAGCGUUUGAGGAAUCGCAUUGCAAAUACAUGAAAGUCGGGGGUAUUUUUUUCAGACUGUAAUGUGUUUCCCUAACACAGACUUCAAAUCCAUGGAGCGUGGGGAAAUUGGCAUUGCAAAUAUAUGUAAGUCGGGUGCAUUUUUGUUCCGACUGAAAUAUGUUCCCGUAACAUAGACCUCAAAUUCAUGGAGCGUGGGGAAACUGGCAUUGCAAAUACAUGCAAGGGGGUAUUUUUGUUUCGAUUGAUAUAUGUUUCCCUAACACAGACUUUAAAUCCAAGGAGCGUAGGGAAAUUGGCAUUGCAAACACAUGUAAGUCGGGGGCAUUUUUGAUCCGGCUGAAACACAUUGAAUUCGGAAAUUAUUUCAUUCAAUCAAAAAUUUUAUCAAUACAAACAAAUGAUUGCUAAGCCAAGGUAGUCCCACGUCAACCUUGCGGUUAUAUCAUAGAUAUAACCCACCCAUUUUUUUUUAAAGUUAAAACAUUGAAUGUGCUCAUUGCAGUAUUAGGCUAGAUGCACGAUUAGAAACCGUGUUCCCGUGCACCUCUAUCAAUCACAUUGUCGAGCAGUAUUGCAACGAUCUUCUAUUAACGAUUUUAUGAGUAUGAAGCAAUAAAUACGGGAUUUUUCGAUAUUUACUCAAAUAAAACCGUAUUUUCUAGAGAUUCUAGCAUAAAAGAUUCUCAAAUGUUGUUACACUGCAAUGUUCAAGAGGUUGGAGAAACAUCAUUUUAAUCUGCUCGAAUGAUAUGAUGCUUCGAAUGAAUGAACGGAUGAUGUUUCGAAAGAAAUUCUAUUUCUCAUGCAUUUAACCCAAUUCAGUUCAAAAUUAUUUUAGAUAUAUCAAGUCGAUCUUCUUGAAAUAAAACGAUUUUAGAGAUCCAAUUUUCUUUCGUUUUCUUCAAGAGCAAUCUUCCAGUUUUUUGGAAAAUAUUAUUGGCAAGCCUAAUGCAAUGGACAGAAUCAAAUUAGCUAAAAUGGCGUUGAAAUGAGAGCUUCUAGUUUUACACAAUGUUUCUACAUCACAGCGAAUCAGGAUACAUUGCAACUUAAGCUCCACCCGUAUGGAACUUAUUACAAUGGGCUUAAGUAUAAAAGAUAUCAUAGUGCAGAUCGAUUGGCGCGAAAUUCGCUUAAUCCAUCAAGAAAUGACAAGGCUAUCGAAAUUGGACAAUUUUCCUGACCUGACCGAUUUUAUGUUUCUCAAUAUGCAGCUCCAUUUUGAAUUUGCUCUGCGACAAAAAGUUUAAAAGUUAAACAAGCCUUUUUUGAUGGUCGAGAAGAUACAAAUGAAGAACUUCGCUCUGAAUGCUUCAGUAAAUCAACAGUAGAUGAAGACGUUGGAACAGGGUAGAGAAUUGUAUUGGAAUAUAGUCGAAUCACUAUAGGAGCAGUCGCUGAGAAUGUUGGCAUAUCGGUUGCCAAUGCAAUUUUUUCGGAUGCUUCGGCCACGAGACGUGUGUCAGAAAAGUUUCCCAGAACUACUCCUCAUAUUAUCAUAUUAGAAUAUUUUAACCAUUAUUAUCUAUCUUAGAUAACGCAUAAUAUAAAAAAUACAUACGUGCGAUUCAAUCGUACACAAACACUCUACUACACCUAAUGGUUUGAAAAACCGACGAUUUACGUUCAACAGAAUAUUUCUCUUCUACCUGUCAGUGCAAUAUCUCUUCAAUGCUUCUUUUGUGAAUAUUUUGAGAAUGCAUUCUGAGGAGGAAAUUUUUGCACGUCCGUUCAACACGGUAGCAACGAGAAAAGAGACUCUGGCCAGGGAGAACACAAUAUUUAACUUCUUCUGCUUCCAGCUGACGGCUCGCGUCCACCGCUAAACAAUCAUGACUGAGUUGGUUCUCAAACAAGUGCCCAUAUUUAUAUAUUUUUGUGAUUUCAAAGGUUUUAUUUCAAAGCUGUUUAUAAGCUAUUGAAACAGGGUUUCAAGCCAAUAAGCAACAAACGUCACUCGUACAACUUUUAUCUUUCGAACGACACCACUUUGAACUCCGAAACAAUGCGGAGGCAUUCUAGAUGGCCUUUCUCGAGGCCUAGAAUUUAAUUUUGUAUUCCAAAUUGGCCAAUUUCAAAGCUAAAGACGGAUGACCUGUAAAGGUUCACUAUCAUUUAAAACAUCAUUACCAAAAUGUCCGAAUACAUUCUGAGGGAGAGAAUUCUUUUUUUUUUUGUAAACAAAAUUCGGUUGUUCACAAAUCGUAUUGAGAAUGUGAUGAUUUUUUAUUACAUAAAUUUUGCAACUAAUCGAGCAAGACCGGCAUGUAAGCUAUCAGGAACCAAUGUACUAAGAACCAACAAUGGACAGCAAUCAUUUGAAAAAGUUUAGCUUAACAAAGAAACUCGGCAUUUCAGCAUAACAUUAGUUAAGGCAAAGGAACUUGAUCAACUGAAAAAGGUCAAAACAUAACUAUCAUUAUAAUCUUUUAAACGAAUAUAAUUACUAUAUUCCACACUACACUCAUUGUUUUAGGGGAGUUCGUGGGAAACUCAAAAUCCCAUACAUUCAUUGGCACCCUAGUGUAUAUGAACAAAAUAGAAAUCUACCCACUAGUAAAGCAAUUAUAUUCUAAACAAUAAUAAAUAUAAAGGAGGCGUCAAAAGUAUCCCCACAUAAU